AUGGGCCCAAUACUUAGGAUUUCUGAUUUUGUAGGUCUGGAAACUUGCAUUUCUAAGGAGUUCUCAGUUGAUCCUGCUGCUGCUGGUCUGGAAACACAUUUUGAGAAUUUCAGGCCUACAACUUUUACUACUCUUCCCAUCCUUCUGACUGACUCCUCUCAUCCCUCAGGUCUCAGUUUUGAUUUUAUUACCUCUAAAAAGUCCUUCCUAAACCUGAAGUCUAAAUUAAGCAUCCACCCUUUACACUUUCAAAACCCCCUGGACUUGCUUGUGCAUAGAACUGAUCACAGUGUCUUAUGA